UUCUAAGAUUUCAAUUGUUAAAUUUUCUUCAGUUUUUCAGUGCAUGUUCCAUACCACUUUAUCAAAAUAAAUCAAAUUUCUUGGAAAGAAACUGAAGAUGAUGGAAAUUGUGCCCCCAAACUAUGUGCCUGAACUUGAAUUUGAGGAUCUCAGUUUCUUUCAUCAAUACCCUAUGGCUAUGGAUUCUCUUUCAUGUCCAUUUGACAACUUUGACUUCAACUUUGACAACAACUACGAAACAGCACCAAAUUGUUUACCACUUGAAACUCAUCCUGAUGAUCACUACGUUGCUCAAACAAGACCAACCAAGAAGAUCAAGACUUUAAGUGACACGGAACAAGCCGGUGAUUACUUGAUAGUCUCAAACCGUAGACCUACUUCCUAUUCAUCACCUCAACUCAUUUCUUUUGAGCACUACAAUGCAACAUCAGUUGUUUCUUGCGAACUUUACGAUCUCGAUUAUUCUGAUGUAAAACCUAAACUCCAGAAAGGGUGUAAUGUAAACAAAGAAAUUGCCGCAAAUUAUAAUAUCCGAGUGAAUCAGACGAGGAACACGAUUCAGGCAAAAGAACAUGUAGUGGCUGAGAGAAAACGAAGAGAAAAGCUCACCAGAAGUUUCAUUGCUCUGUCUGCCAUCGUUCCUGGCCUCAAGAAGAUGGAUAAGGCUUCUGUGCUGGGAGAUGCAAUAACCUAUAUGAAAAAACUACAAGCACGUUUGCAUACACUAGAGGCACAAGCUGAAGACAACAAAAAGACUGGAUCUGCAAUACAUGUGAAGAGAUCUGUUAUCUUCACUGAUAACCAUGAUGAUGAUAACAUUAACUCCAACAACCAGACACUUCCUGAAAUCGAAGUAAGAGUUUCAAGAAAAGAUGUACUCAUCAAGAUUCAAUGUGACAAACACAAGGGACGUGCCUCUACUUCUACGGUACUAGGAAAACUAGAAAGCCUAAAUCUCACAGUCCAAAGUAGUAACUUAUUGCCCUUCGGAAACAACAUUGUUGAUCUAACUAUUGUUGCUCAGAUGAACGAGGAAAACUGUGUGAAAGCAAAGGAACUUCUAGGAAGCAUACGACAUGCAUUAAUCAUCAAUAAUAAUUAACAAGUUGAAGGAAUAUUACUUAAUCUACAUGGAUAAGUUUUUUCAACAACUAUUUUUAUCAUCAGUGCUUUCAAUCUUUUUGGUCCUUGCUAAUGAUUCUGGAGGAUAACAUAGAUGAAGGAAAGUCCUGCGGUUGGAGAAUCUGAUAUCUUUUUCCAAUUUUCACAUUUAUGAUUCAUUUGUUUUGCAAGGGUUGUUUUGUUGUGUUCAAGGUCGGUGUGGGGAAUUUCAACAGAUGGUGCCAAAGUGUUUUUCUUCUGUUGUUGUUUUUUCAUAGUUGACUUGACUGAUUAACUAUGUUAAUUCCACACAUGUGUAAUUGUUCACUUUUUUAAUCAUUGUUAGGAUGGUUUCUUUUAGAAGGUUUGACAUACUACUCCGGCCGGAUUUAUAAGCAAAAGUGCUCUUUUUAGAUUCAUUGAAUAAUGAAUGUAUCUAAUCUACAUAAUAGACAAGAUACAUUUAUUAUUCAAUGAAUCUUAAAAGAGAAUCUUUGUUUAUAAAUAAAGCCAGAGGGAGUAUUGUAUAGACCUCUUUCUUCCGUCUUUCCCGUUGUGAAAAGGUUCUGAUUUGGUAGAAA